CAAUUUGAAGGAAGUCUUCACAUUUUCUCCUCCCCCUCCUCUUCUUCCUCCUAAAAAUAUUCUUCUUCUCCUCUUCUGGGUUUAAUCCCAUAAUCAUCAUCAUCUUCGUUACAAUUGUGAAACCCUAGAAAUCCUUGAAGAAGUAAAGAAGGUGUUACAGAGAAAAGAGAUCUGAUAAAAAAUUCAAACAGGAAGAUCCAAUUUGAGAAAAAGGUUUUGUGAAGAUAGAGAAUUGUAUCUAUAUAAAAGAUGGUGAAACUGACACUGAUUGCUCGUGUUACUGAUGGUCUUCCGUUAGCAGAAGGAUUAGAUGAUGGCCGUGAUCUCAAAGAUGCUGAGUUUUACAAGCAACAGGCUAAGGCCUUGUUCAAGAACUUGUCCAAAGGGCAUAACGAAGCUUCAAGAAUGUCUAUUGAAACUGGUCCAUUUGUUUUUCACUAUAUCAUAGAAGGUCGGGUGUGUUACUUAACAAUGUGCGAUCGUGCUUAUCCAAAGAAACUCGCCUUUCAAUACCUUGAGGACCUCAAAAGUGAAUUUGAAAAAGUUAAUGGGAAUCAAAUUGAAACUGCUGCCAGACCCUAUGCCUUCAUUAAAUUUGAUACAUUUAUUCAGAAGACUAAGAAGCUGUACUUGGAUACCCGUACUCAGAGAAACAUUUCAAAACUGAAUGACGAACUUUAUGAAGUCCACCAGAUAAUGACACGUAAUGUUCAAGAAGUUCUUGGUGUUGGUGAAAAAUUGGACCAGGUCAGUCAAAUGUCGAGCCGGUUGACAUCUGAAUCUCGUAUCUAUGCUGACAAAGCCAGAGAUUUAAAUCGACAGGCUUUGAUACGUAAAUGGGCCCCUGUGGCUAUUGUACUUGGAGUUGUCUUCCUCCUCUUUUGGGUCAGAAAGAAAAUCUGGUGAUUUCACACCAAAUUUGUGCAGUUCCAGGUAGCGCUCAUACAAUUUUGCAAUGAUCCCAUUGGCUGAGCAGCGUCUCCCAGUUCUGUUGACCCGAGAAAGCCUCUUCCUGAGUAUGGAUCCCUCACCUGCAAUCGGACAUUCAGUAAAUGCAUCCCGGUGUUAUAUAGUUUUUUUUUUAUUGCUUAAAAGAAUCUAGCAAGCAGUAGUUUUCAUGACUAUGACUGGGUGAAACUUGUUAUGAUCGAGGGAUGAUAGAGUUACAAUCAAGUUGGACAAAUAUUUAUAAUUUUUUUGUUGAAAUUAGAAGUCAGUUUGAUCAUCCAGUAUGGAAAUUGAUGAACUAGAUAUAUCUUCUUACAAAUCACAAAUAAUAAUGUUAACAACAGGAGUAUUUUGUUUCUCUUUUCCAUGGACAAUAGCUUCUUGUUGUAUGUCUAGGUGUGCUCCAAGUAACCAGAUCAUUAUCACCAAAAUAGGUGAACUAUUAUAAAAUAUAUAUUCAGAACA